CAGCAAUGGACGAGCAGCAGGGAUUGUCCUAGAACUGAGGUCCCGAUUCCUGAGCUAUCACAGGCCUACGUGGUAUUGACUUAAUGGAGCCACCUUCACAUUGGACGAAUUUUCCUCUUUUGAGUUUCCUUUCUUCCCCUUAAUAUUAUGAUGUCUUGAAGCUUUCAUGAGGGGACCCUCUAUUUUUGGCAUCAGCCAGUCACCUUCACAUCCAAGUUUUCACACGUCUUCCUUCAAAUUUCCAAGUGGCUUCGGCGGUCAUGCCCAAUGCUCCGAGGCCUGGGAGCCUUCGUGACCCAGGUGUAGCUGAACUCUUUGACCAUGAUGAUCCUGAAAAGAUCUUCGAGGAUCUACGUGAGAUUGGCCAUGGCAGCUUUGGUGCUGUGUAUUAUGCCCGCAACGUGGUCACAAAGGAGAUUGUGGCUAUCAAAAAGAUGUCGUAUGUUGGAAAACAGAGUCAGGAGAAGUGGCAGGAUAUAUUGAAGGAAAUUCAAUUCAUAGAGCAGUUAAAUCAUCGCAACUGCAUCAAUUAUAAGGGAUGCUACCUCAAAGAGCAUACUGUUUGGUUGGUGAUGGAAUAUUGUCUAGGCUCUGCAUCUGACAUCCUUGAAGUCCAUAAGCGUCCCCUGAAGGAAGAUGAGAUCAGUGCCAUUUGCCAAGAUGUGCUUCAGGGCCUGGAAUACCUCCACGCCAAUGUGAGGAUCCACCGUGACAUCAAGGCUGGAAACAUCCUGCUCACCGAGAGUGGGCUUGUGAAGCUUGCUGACUUUGGUUCAGCUAGCAUCCGCUGCCCUGCCAAUAGUUUUGUUGGAACACCUUACUGGAUGGCUCCUGAAGUGAUUCUGGCCAUGGAUGAGGGCCAGUAUGAUGGACGGGUGGAUGUCUGGUCCCUCGGGAUCACAUGCAUUGAGCUUGCCGAACGGAAGCCCCCCUACUUUAAUAUGAAUGCAAUGAGUGCCUUGUACCACAUCGCCCAGAACGAUAGUCCAUCACUGGCAUCAGGUGAAUGGAGUGGUGUUUUCCGCAAUUUUGUGGACACCUGUUUGCAGAAGGAACCCAGGGAUCGACCAACAGCCAGUCAACUUCUGGGCCAUGGGUUUGUUCGACGUCCACGUGCGCCAAAUGUGAUCUUAGACCUCAUUCAAAGGACUAAAGUGGCUGUCCGGGACCUGGACAAUCUGAACUAUCGCAAAAUGAAGAAGAUCCUCAUGGUGGAUGCAUUUGAGAAUGAUAGCAAUGUUGGGGAGGUAGAAGCAGAUUCAGCCGAGGAUGAGACCCAACGGGAUGACAGCAGCAAGAGCAAUAGCCUGACAUCAGAGACUAGCUGUGGCAUCAGCUCACAGAACAGCUCCACCAAUAGCAUACCCCCUAAUCAACAGCAUGAUGAUGGCUACCCAGGUGUCUACCGAAGGAAGGGAACCAGUGGGAGCAACAGCCUGAAUGAUGGAACAGUUGGUGCCGUAAACAAUUUUGCCACCCUGCGCACCAUGUCUAUGGUGAACAAGGAACACAAGGAGCACCGACAGGAGGAGCAUAGGGAGCAGCUGUCAGUGUACAAGCGCAUGCGCAAGGAGCACCAGGGUGCCCUACUCAAACUGGAGGAGCGGUGCCGACUAGAGAUGGAGCAGCAUAAGAACUCCCUGGACAAGGAGUAUGAGGCCCUUCUUCAGCAGUUCAGCAAGGAGCUCGAAAGGCUUCAGAUUAGGCAUCAGAAUGAGCUUGAACGACGAGUCAAAAUGAAUUCCUCUCAAGAGCGGAAGCUGUCAAAGAUGAUCAAUGAGAAGCAAGAUCUUGAGAAAAAGUCUUUCCAGACACAAUCCAAGAAGGAUUAUAAGCAGAACAAAGAACGGUGGAAGAAGGAGGUCUACGAUGAUGAAUCCACUCCCAAGAAACACAAGGAUGCCACUUUCCAAUCCCAUAAGGAGAACCUAAAGCAGCUUGAGGCUGCACGGCAUCAGAGCCUUCAACAGACACACCGUGAUUACCUGGAGCUGGAAGUGCGCCGAUUCCGUCGUCGUCGCCUCUUAGAAUAUCACAAGGUCCAGCAAGACCUGCUGCGUGAGGAGCUGAGCAAGAGGCAGGCUCAGCUGGAGGAAGCCCACAAGAUGCUAUUGAGGCAUCACAGUGUGACCCAGUCCUUGGAAACCAAGCAGCAGGUAGCUGUACACUCACUGAAGGAGGAGCAGCUCAAGCGGCAACAUAAAACCGAGCUACAGAACCAGGAGGAGUACAUGAUACGGGCUCUGCGUGACCUCCGGAAAAAGCAUGCUCUACAGAUCAAACAGCAGCCCAAGAGCCUCAAGCAAAAGGAGCUACAGAUCCGGCGGCAGUUCCGUGAGACUUGCAAGAUCCAGACGAAGCAGUACAAGGCAUUGAAGGCACAAGUCCUGGCAACCACACCCAAAGAGCAGCAAAAGAACGUCAUCAAAGCCAUGAAGGAGGAACAGCGCCGAAAGCUGGCUGCUCUUGGUGAGCAGUAUGAGCAGUCCAUCGCCGAGAUGCUCCAGAAGCAGUCCAUUCGGCUUGAUGAGAGCCACGACAUGGAGGCCAGGGAACUGCAGGAAAGCCUCGAGCGAGAGAGGGAACUUCUUCUUGCCUACCAGUCACGUAAUCGCAUGUCCUUCGAGAGCCAGGAGAACCGGGAAAGGGCCGAGCUCCAGGAACGAGUCUCUGUUCGCCGAGCACUCCUCGAACAAAAGAUGGAAGAGGAAACACAGCAGUUUCACCAGGAGAAAUCGGAACGUGUUCGGCUGCUGCACGAGAGGCAGGCAAGGGAACUAGAUGACUUCGAUUCAGAGUCAACACGAUUGGGGUUUUCAGUUCUAGCCAUCGCGGAGCAGGGUUUGGACACGUCGAGUCUCCUCAGUGCAGCUGAAUAUGCCUCGGGGGAUGUCUCAUCCAGCACGUUCAACUUGGCACAUUCACACAGCACCUCGUCUGUCGGACCCACCAGUUUAUAGCCCUUUUUGCAAUGUGUGGACAGGGGCGAGGAGGAAUUUUGUUUCAGGGAUUUCCAUCGCACUGGCAUGUGAUGUUCCUCCUCCUCCAUUAGGAUGUAAUUCAAGGGAAAAACAUUUUUUCAUUUCCUUUUUUGCUCAUAUUUAUCACAGUAUCUUCGAUGGAUUUUUUUUGACAUCCUUGCACACUUGUUUUCUAUCAAAAUGUGAUAAGUUCUAGAACCCUUUCACCUCGACUCACACUUUUCUUUUCACAAUUUGGUCUGACUUGCAUUUUUCCUUUUUAAAACAGUGGGCACUUUCAGUGAUGACGCGUUCAGGGAAUAGUCGGAAGAACGUUCUCAGUCUGUCUUCCGCUCUUGUGACUUGCUUUCCACUUGCGCAUUUAGAUACCAUUUUGAAUGGCUGCCCCCCUCCAACUCUAUGUAUUUAAAGGACAAAAGGAUUUUUGUGCCCUGUAGAUGCACUGUAUGUGAUACGUCCUAAGAGAAACAGCAUGGCUUCCCAUGAACUAUGGUUUUUCCCCUGCCCUCCCUCCCCCCCAUGUCAUGUCAUCCUGCAGAGAUGUAUAUAUUGCUAUGGAGAAAGAGUGUGAUGAGAGCCGUGUCAGGCUCUCUCCAAUAAAUCAAGGAUCC